AAAAAGAUUGCUUCCUCUCGACGAUACAUGUUGAAAGUAACUACAAUACUUCAUCGUUUGCUCACUGGGUUUGAAGCUUCAAACCUUCCAAACCACUCAAUGGGUCUUACUCCAAUAGUCCAAUUGUUAAUUGAAUUGAAUGGAGGAAUGGAAAACAUAAGUUGUUUUGUGAACAGAGUAGAAAAGGGAAUCUGAUUUAUUUGCAGUUUGUAGGCCUUAUCAGUCUAUCAUAUGUUGCUUGUCUGUGUCCACUUUAUGCUCUUGAAGGUUCACUUUCUUGUCUGAGGGGAAGCCUUUUUCCCUUUUUCCCUGAACAUUAAUAUGGUGAUAGACCUAAUCUUGCGAUCUUUAAGGAAGAAGUAAGAAACUACUCAAACUAGCUGGUGACUCACGAGUAGAUUAUAUUCCUUUUGCUUUGUGUCAAUGCCACAAUGAAGAUCUUCUUUUACUUUAUCCUUUCUCAGUCCUAUAAAGCUGUCAAGGGCCAAGGCUAUUUGUUCCUUCAUGUGUCCUGCAAGAUAUCUCUCGUGCCUACGUAGUCAAAAUUCACUUUCCCUUUAAUCAUGCACCAGUUUAUUUCAACUCUAGAAUAAUCUAAUCUAGAGUACAUGUUGUACCACCAAUCUACUUAAGUUGUUGAACUUAUUGGUCUAUAUAUAUCUUUUAUAGGUCACUACUUUCUUAGUUCUAGGUGUUUAGCAACUAUGGAUGGUAUUCAAAAUGAUAUGGGGCUUCAACAUGGAAACAAGGGGAUUCUGAAUUGUCCAUUAUCGGGUUUGAGGACAAGUGUUUCUGAAAUGACAGUUAGUUCUGUGUUUAAGGCUAUGCCUUCAGGUGUGACUAAUCCUUUUCUAGAUUCUUCUGCUUGGGAUCCUCUUGCUCCAUUGGGUCAAACUUUUGGAGGCUCUCUUAGUGAGUUUGUCGAUUCAUCUCACCCUCCUUUUGUUUUGGAAAACCAGGGAAUAAGCAACGAGCCUCACCUUGUUCAAUAUAUAUCUGACUCAAAUUUUGCUUGCAUGGCCCCUAAGGUUCCCUCCUUUGGCCAAACCGGUUCUUAUUAUAUAGCUAACACAGGGUAUCACCCAAAUCAUGAUCCGUGUAAUGAGCAAUCUCAGGUUGAAGGUUCAACUUCUGAAGGAGUUGCACCUGGUGAACAUAAAAGAAAGAGAGAACUUGUUUCCAUUUCUACUUUCAGUCCAAAUAAGAAUGAUGAGGGGGAAGCAGUUAAAGAUUCUCCUGGAACGAGCUCUGAUGAUGUGAAGGAACAAUAUGUAAAGAAACCAAAAGUUGAACAAAACAUUAUUGCAAAUUUCAGUGGAGAAGUUCCCAAGGAAAACUUCAUUCAUGUGAGAGCCCGAAGAGGUCAAGCUACAAACACUCACAGCCUUGCAGAAAGGAUAAGGAGAGAAAAGAUUAGUGAGCGAAUGAGGUUGCUUCAAGAACUUGUUCCAGGAUGCGACAAGAUAACAGGUAAAGCGCUGAUGCUGGACGAGAUUAUAAACUAUGUGCAAUCACUGCAACAACAAGUUGAGCUUUUGUCCAUGAAACUUGCCACUGUAAACCCAGAAUUGAAUUUUAAUGUAGAGCAAAUCUGCUCCAAAGAUUCAAAUAUUGGACUUGGACCAAUUGGUGGAUAUGGUUCUGGCAUCAGCUGCACUCAUCCAUUUCCUUCUAGAAGUCUCCAGGGAGGCAUGCCUAACCCAUCAACACAAUUUCCUCUUAUGCCACCGGCUGUUUUGAACCAAAGCUUCGAGCUACAAUUCCAGUACAGCUCUUGACAAUUAGGGAAACAGUGGUAAUACUAACAGGCAGAAACUUCUUUGGGAUUUAACACUCCUGCAUAAUCAAUUCCAAUUGUGUGUAAUUCAUUGUCAUUUUAAGCAGGAUGGUUGUAAACAGAGUUAUAGAGUGUGAGAUAUGUGCCUAUUUGAACAGAGUUUGGAAUUAUUGCCAGAUGAUUGCACAAAUUAACUGAAGUUGGAAGCAGGGAUACUAAAAGUAUAGGAUCUUAAUAUCUAACUGUUGGUUCUUCAAAAUUUUAGCAGAAGAUGAUUGCUGUCAACUAGUUGUUCACAUUGGAAAAUGAGGGUACAUUUCUAUCUAAAAAUGUGGGGUACUAUUUGGAAGGGUAUUUUUUUUUUAAUGUAAUGAAUGAAAAGCUAUUUACUGGUUAGUGGUUA